GAUUGUGACAUUUUGAGAGAAAUCGAGAGAGAAAACUGGCGUUAAAGCAAGAACAAUUACAUGUGUGAGCGAGAGAGUGGAAAGUUCGAGAAGAAGUAGGGCCUUUCAACUUCAAAUCUCAAUCUUGGAUGAGCUGGGCAUCGAUCUAACUUGACCCUUUGCAAAAAUUAAUAAUAAUAAUAACUAUUAUUAUUAGUUUAAUUUUAACUGACAUAGUUUUCUCCGUCUUUCUUGGAGAGAAAAAGAUCGCCAAAUGCUUAUCGAUCAAAUCACCCUACAUUUCCACUUUUGCGCACCCUAUGUUUGUUCCAAGAACCCCACUUUUUUCAUCUCUCAAAAUACCCACCUCUUUUUUCCUCUUCAAUGGCGUUUCUUUCUCCUAUCUCACUCUCCCAUGACCCACCCACCUUCAUUGCUCCUCGAACCAUCGACCCAACCCAAAUCUUUGGUUCUAAGCUGAAAUCUGGGGAAAUUGAGCAUACCCAGUUGAGAUUAACGGCUACUUCCAGGACUACUCCACGUUUAACAAUGAAUGCUUCAAGGGAACCUCCGGGGUUGACUCAAGAACACAGAAACAACAAACUGGAGACAGUAGUGGAAACCGAAUGUGGAUCUGAUUUAUUUGAAAAUUUAAAACGUCGUUUUUUAAGUUUUAAGAAACACAAAUACAUGGAAAACUUAGAACACUACGAGCAGCUUGCAAAGAAUCAAGAGCCAAAGUUCAUGGUGAUUGCUUGUGCUGACUCCAGGGUUUGCCCCUCUGCAAUACUGGGAUUCCAACCAGGAGAAUCAUUUACAAUUCGCAAUAUUGCAAAUCUGGUGCCCCCCUUUGAGAAGGGACCAUCAGAAACAAAUGCUGCAUUAGAGUUUUCCGUGAAUACUCUAAAAGUUGAAAACAUUCUAGUUAUUGGCCACAGCUGCUGCGGUGGCAUCCGUGCUCUUAUGGGCAUGGAAGGUGAAGGGGAUUCAAGUAACUUCAUUCAUAACUGGGUUAUUCAUGGAAAGAACGCAAAACUGAAAACAAAGGCUGCUGUCUCAAAUCUGAACUUUGACCAGCAGUGCAAACACUGUGAGAAGGAAUCAAUUAAUCGAUCUUUGCUGAACUUGCUGACAUACCCUUGGAUAGAGGAGAAAGUCAGGGAAGGAGUUCUGUCGAUUCAUGGCGGUUACUAUGACUUUGUUGAUUGUACUUUCGAGAAAUGGACAAUGGAUUACAAGGAAACAAGCUUAAAUGAAGAAGAUGGAAAAAUUUCAGUCAAAGACAGAUUGUUUUGGUGCUGAUUUUUCUUUUUUAUUUUUAUUUUUAUUUUUGUGUGCAACUUUUUAAGGUUUUUGAAAGUUAUUUGUAGCAAAAGGAGUAGGGUUGUGCAUGUGAAAUAAGCCUUGAAUCUGGAAAGUAUGCUGUGAAUUUGAAUUUGGUUUGAAUGUUGGGAUAUUUACUCUGUUGUAAGAUAGGUUACUUUAUCUGAACCUUUUGUGUGAUAUUUUAUGUAUUUUAAUAAAUCUUCAUUUAUGUAA